ACUACUAUUCAACCAAAAUCUUUAAUAUUACGUUCUUGUCCACAGGGAACCUCAUGUAUACAGAAUAUCCUUGACCAGAUAGAGAAUAUUACUGUUCUCAAUUUAACGAAUGUUACCAUGUUCAUGGACAAGGUUUUCAGCACUUCAGAGAAGAUAAACACAUCAUCCGUUGACCCAAACAAACUAGCGUCAGAUGUGUUAAAAGCCAGUGAGAAGCUCGUGUCAAUGUUGGUGAAGCCAACAAACACCUAUGAAAAUGUCAGUUUCACUCGUGCAGCUGUGGAGGCGCAAGUGUUUGUGGUUGGACAACACGCCAACCUUGAUAAAAUCCCUCAGCUCCACACAUCAAAUGCUUCUAUAGAAAUUGAUCUUAUUGGGAUCGCCAGCAACAAUUUGAAUUCAGGAUCAGCUGCUGUGGCUUUCAUGAGUUACAACACAAUGGAGGACCUACUGAAACCAGACUUCUUCAUCACAUCAGAUAACACAGUUAAAACCAUGAUGUCCACUGUCAUCUCAGCUACUCUUCCUACAACCCUCAACAAAACCCUCACAAAACCAGUUAACUUCACCCUCAAACACAUCAGAGAGAUAAACAACAGUGGUAAUCUUUCCUGUGUGUACUGGAACAUCAGUGAGUGGAUUGUAGAUGGUUGUUCUGUUGUAAAGACCAACAGCAACUUUACUGUGUGUUCAUGUCUUCAUCUGUCAACAUUCGCUCUCAUCAUGCAAACCAGCAGAACAUCAGAGGAUAAAAGUCAUCCGAUGGAGGCGAUGAAUGUGGUGUUCGUGAUCGUGGGUCUGGUGUUUACUAGUUUGGCUCUGUUGACUUUUGCUUUCUGUCAAUGGAAACCUGGAGUGAACAAUGUAGCUCGAAUCAACCUCUGCAUCAGUCUGCUGUCUGCUCAUCUUCUGUUCUUACUCACACAACAAUUCAUCAAUCUCAUAAAACCUCACAAGGAGUUGUGUGCUGUGAUAUCAGGCGUUCUUCACUUCUUCUUUCUCUCCUGCUUUGUGUGGAUGUUCAUUGAAGCUGUGCUGCUCUUCAUCUGUGUGAAGAACAUAUCAGAGAUCAGCUCCAAACAGAGGACGAUGCUUAACAAGGGAUUCUUGAUUGUGAUUGGUUAUGCAAUUGAUUUUGUUAUAGUGGGCGUGUCUGCUGGAGUGGUUCCUGAAGGCUACGGCAGUGAAAAAUGCUGGAUUAAAGAGGAGAGAGGCUUCAUCUGGAGUUUUCUGGGACCUGUUUGCUUCAUUCUUGCAAUAAACACGAUUCUCUUCAUCGGUAUCUUGAUCAGUCUAAAGUUAUCUCUCAAAAACCUCAACCAUAACGUUUCACACAGGAGACAAACCAAGAUUACGGUUUUUAAAAUUCUGUCCCAGUUUUUGAUUUUUGGUUGUCCCUGGAUUCUGGGUUUCUUCAUUCAUAACAGUAAGAUGAUCGAAAUUCUCUUUCUGAUUCUGAACUCACAGCAAGGAACCUUCAUCUUCAUCGUCUUUUGUGUCCUCAAUAAUGAGGUCAGACAGCAGUAUGUGAAGUGGAUGAGAGCUGUCUUUCCCGGACUCGAACCAAAUACCUUAGAAGAUGCCCCCACCCAAAAUGAAUCCAUUUCAGUUAAAUAUAACUACAGAUAAAAGUUUAUGUAGUCAUAGUCUUAUUUUCUGUAAAUGUUAUUGAUAAACAUUCCAUUCUUUAUACAAUAAUGCAAAAAUACAGUCUUAAUGUAAAUACAAUAUUUACUCUUGUAAAGGGAACAACAUUUAAAACUGCUAGUCUGCUUUUACUGCAAUAGAAACCACAGGUGUGUUUAGCAGACCGAUCUCUACAGUAUUUCGAAAGCUUAUUCGGCCCUGCAUAAUAAGCAAUAUAAGCCGUUGCAUGGGGUCCCUUGCUGUGCAUGAAAAUAAAAUGUACUUGCUUGUUGUGUCUGUCAAUCAUGCAUUAGCGUAAACUGUGCAAAGCUAAAUAAUGAAACCAGUCUGGCGCAGAUAUGAAAGAGGAUGAGGAAAGAAAGGAGCAAGAGAAGGAUGUUGAAUUAACAAGAUAUGUUAAACAUUGUUGAAAAUACUUGUAAUUGUGGUUCUGUACAAUGACCAAUUGCUUAUUAAACAUACUUAAUGGUAAACUUUACGUUUUAUUUUUAAAUAAAAUGCCUGAGGUGUUCUGUCAAGGUUAAGGUUAGUGUGAAAGGGGAUAGAAUAUAAUUUGUACAGCUUUACGUCUAUGGAGAAUCCUCAUGAACCGUGUGUGUGUGUGUGUGUGUGUGUGUGUGUGUGUGUGUGUGUGUGUGUGUGUGUGUGUGUGUGUGUGUGUGUGUGUGUGUGUGUGUGCGUGCGUGCGUGCGUGUGUGUGUGUGUGCAAGAGCCUUGGGGGCACUUUUGAAGUAUUUUAAGUUUUCUAUGUUUUCUAGAUACAUUGGUGUAGCAUGCAAAAUGUAAUUAUAUUGUGUUGUUGUUAAUCUGAUAUUGUCAGAUUGUCUUUGUGAUAUAAUCUAUGCAAGGUUAGUAUUUUGUGUACAUUUGAUGAUGGGGGGCCUCAUUAUGAAAUCAGUUUAGGGCCCCCAAAAAGCUAGGGACCGCCCUGCAUAAUAAUAUAAUGUUGAGAUCGUUUCUUCAGCGAUGCUGCAUCGAACUUUGGUUAUUAAGCCAGCGAGUUACAUUGUAGUUCGGAAAACACCCUGCAUUGAAUGCACAGCUCUGAUUGGUAUUAUUGAGUGCAUGAACCACAUGACCGUGUUGUGUCACAUCUGUUUUUAAAUAACUAAA